UCGCGCGUUAUCCUCUCGUGUUCUCCGCUCGCGUGGUAUGAUUUCCGUACGCGGCGGGGACGAUCGUUCUCGCGAGGGACGAAUCAACCUCUGUCGUCGUCGUCGUCGUCAUUCACGAGAACACGCUGACUCCUUGCAGCCGCGCGAUGCACACGAUCGCCGACGAUCUCGUUCCGCGGAAUCGAUCGUCGCUCCGGAGAGACGGGAUUAAAAGCGAAGUCGGAAGGGUGUCUCCUGGUUACAUCGCGCGCGAAACGAUUUUCUCUCACUCUCUCUCUCUCUCUCUCUCUCUUGAUUUGGUUCUUCGGUUCUUCGAAAAUCGUCGUGUAGACUGAGACUGAUCGCGAAAUUCUCAGGAAACGAUUUCGCUCCGCGAAAAUAGUCGAGCGAAAAAAAAAAAAAACGCGAUCGUCAGGGCUUUCCGUGUCCUUCCGGAGUUCGCAAUGUGACGAAAAGUGUAUUUCCUCGAUCUGAUCUCCGAAGGACGUUUAUUCCUGACGGCGAGCGAGAAAAUGUUGUCGUUAUUUCUCAUUUUGAGAAAAUCAAUCGCGACUCAUUAGGUCGGCGGCCGGAAAUCAAAGAAUAUCCAAAUUCGCGUUGACAACUUUGAUUUGUGAGAUUCGGGGGGAGGGGGAUUUAAAACAAAGAGCACAAAUUCGCGGAUCGCGCGAAACAGCGAACAUCGCGGAACAAAUCGAUAAGGGACACCGCUACUCCGCGACUUGUGGAUUCGCAGAAACCGUUUCGAAUCGAUUUGUUUGGACAAUUGCUCUCCCGAUGCGGGGCGUGCGAGCAAUGCAGUUUCGAGAUCUAUCGCCGAUAGAUUCCCGCCGGAUCGUCCAGAUGAUUUCACCCGGAUUGAUGUCCGUCUCGUCACGAUGAAGAAUUUCGUCGAGACAUGGCAGCUAUCGAUGGGUGGUGGUGUAGAAGUUCCACUCUGAUAAACGUAACGAGCGAGAACGGAUCGAAGAUCCGAAAACAAUUCUACGAAGUGCGCGCGUGCGACACACGGUCAGGCGGUUGCAAGAUGCGCCAGCGUGUGCCUGCGUUGUUGCUGCUGAUGCUCGUGGUACUGUCGGCGCGGCGAUUGACGACAACAAUCGUGGAAUCGAGAUCGCACAGCGAAGCGGUGCUGAUCCCGGGCGACAUCGUGCUGGGCGGAUUGUUCCCGGUGCACGAGAAAGGCGGCGGCACCGCGUGCGGCCCGAACAUCUAUCAUCGGGGUGUGCAACGCCUCGAGGCGAUGCUGUUCGCCGUCGAUCAGAUCAAUCGGGACAACAAGAUACUGCCGGACAUCACGCUGGGCGUGCACAUUCUGGACACGUGCGGCCGCGACACUUACGCGCUCAAUCAGAGUCUGCACUUUGUGCGCGCGUCCCUCUCUAACAUCGACAUCAGCGUGCUGGAGUGUCGGGACAAGUCGACGCCUCGUGUGAAGAAAACGGCGAACGCCGGUCCCGUGUUCGGGGUGAUCGGCGGAUCGUACAGCUCGGUGUCGCUUCAAGUCGCGAAUCUGCUCCGGCUCUUUCAUAUUCCGCAGAUAUCGCCGGCGUCCACGGCCAAAGCUCUCAGCGACAAAACUAGGUUCGAUUACUUCGCGCGAACUGUACCGCCGGACACCUUUCAGUCAAUUGCGCUGGUAGACGUAGUGAAGAUCGCCAACUGGUCGUACGUCUCCACCGUGUACUCCGAGGGCAGCUACGGCGAGUACGGCAUCGAGGUGUUCACGCGCGAGGCCACCGAGCGUAACGUCUGCAUCGCGGCGGCUGUGAAGGUGCCCAGCGCCGCGGACGACAAAAUAUUCGACGACAUUAUUCAACGUUUGAACAAGAAACCGAACGCGCGUGCGAUCGUCCUGUUCACCCGCGCGGAGGACGCCCGGGGUAUCCUGGAGGCCGCGCGACGCUCGAACCUCAGCCAACCGUUUCAGUGGCUGGCGAGCGACGGCUGGGGCAGGCAGGGCAAGCUGGUGGAAGGUCUAGAGGAAGAGGCCGAGGGCGCCAUCACGGUCGAGCUGCAGUCAGAGAACAUCCCCCAUUUCGACGAGUACAUGGAAUCGCUCACUCCCAAGAACAAUCUGCGGAAUCCGUGGUUCGGGGAGUACUGGGAGGAGGUGUUCGAUUGCACCCUGAAGAGAAACGCGGCGAGCUGGCGAAACAAUUCGAGCAACAAUCACAGCCUCGCCGUUUGCUCGCCCGAGCUGAGACUAACGCCCGCGAGCGGUUACGAGCAGGAAUCCAAGGUUCAAUUCGUCGUUGACGCGGUUUACGCGUUUGCGUUGGCGCUUAAUAAUCUGCACAAAAAUCUCUGCGGUCGCCGCACUGAAGGCAUAUGCCCGUCAAUGGCCAACUACGAUCGCGGCGCAUUCUACAGAAAUUAUCUGCUGAACGUGUCCUUUGUAGACGCCGCCGGCAGCCUGGUGAAGUUCGACGAGCACGGGGACGGUCUCGCGCGAUACGAGAUCCUCAAUUUCCGAAAGGGAACGAACAACAAUGGAGCGAACGGCUAUCACUAUCGGGUGGUGGGCAAAUGGUACAAUUCUCUGGACAUUCGCACGGAAGAGCUGGUGUGGGCGCGAGGAACAAAGGACAUACCGAUUUCCGCGUGCUCGCUGCCCUGCGAGCCAGGUAUGAUAAAGAAGCAACAGGGUGACACUUGUUGCUGGGUGUGCGACCAAUGCGAGGCGUACGAGUACGUCUACGAUGAGUACACCUGCAUGGACUGCGGCCCGGGAGCCUGGCCGCAUCCCGACAAACGGGGAUGCUAUCAGCUACCGGUCAAACAUAUCAGAUGGAACAGCGCUUUCGCUAUCGCACCUGCGAUCAUCUCCUGCCUGGGGAUCGUGGCGACCCUGGCGGUGGCUUGUCUGCUCUUCCAUCACCGCGACACACCGGUGGUAAGGGCCUCCGGUCGGGAACUCACGGCGAUUCUUCUUGCGGGUGUGCUGGUCUGCUACCUGAACACGUUCCUGCUGCUCGCCACGCCGACCACGGUGAUCUGCAUCUUGCAGCGCUUCGGCGUCGGCGUCAGUUUCAGCGCCAUGUACGGCGCGCUGCUCACCAAGACCAACAGGAUCGCCAGAAUCUUCGACUCGGCCUCCAGGUCUAUCGUUCGACCGCGGUACAUCAGUCCCGCGUCGCAGGUCUGCAUCGCGGCCGCCUUAAUUGCCUUUCAAGUUGUACUCACAUUGGUCUGGAUGAUCAUCGAGCCGCCGGGUACCAGGUACUCGUACCCGGCUCGCCAGGAGGUGAUACUCAAGUGCAACAUCCAGGACAUGAGCUUCCUGUUCUCGCAGCUGUACAACGCCCUGCUGAUCCUCAUCUCGACCGUGUACGCGGUGAAGACGCGCAAAAUCCCGGAGAACUUCAACGAGAGCAAGUUUAUCGGCUUCACUAUGUACACCACGUGCAUCAUCUGGCUCGCGUUCGUGCCGAUCUACUUCGGGACCGGGAACGCCCACGAGACGCAGAUCACGACUCUGUGCGUGGCGAUCAGUCUGAGCGCGUCCGUAACCCUGGUCUGUCUGUACUCGCCCAAGGUCUACAUCAUCGUCUUCCAACCGGACAAGAACAUACGACGCAAGGUCUACAUCGGCAGCACGUUCAAGAAGCAGAGCAGCAGCGUCGGCGCGUCGUCCGUAACGAAAUACACGAGCGAAGCGGGGAACGAGACCGUGCCCCUACAAAGCGCUUUGACGGCGGCGGUGAAGACGUCCGUGGGGGUCACCGAGAUCUCGCUGACGCCAACUAGCACCACUAGCAAGACCAACAACGAGCAAGUGGCGCAAUUGUAAACUCGUCGCUGCACGCACACAGACACACAGGCACACACACACACACACACACGUCACGGUACUCUCUCGGGGUCUUCGGUAAUGAAAUUACCGAAGCGAAAAGAGAACUGAUACACAGAGAAUCGCUCUGUAAUAAAUUAAAAGUUUUAAAUUUUAAUUUGUUAUUAAGACAAAGUUAAUAAUUAAAUUAAAAUUUAAAAACUCCUUCAAGAACAAGAAGAGAAAACGCGGCGAGCGCUUUUGACUUGCGUGAUUAUCUUCGUUAUCGUUUGCAGCAUCCAUUGUCAAUUGAAGGGAAAAGAAAAGAAAAGAUAUCGAAUUUAUCGAUCGUUAUAUCGUAAUCGCUGUUGUCGUUAUUGUUACUGUUGUCAUCCGUGUAUAAAUUAUAUAUACACACACACAUAAACACACACGCAUACACAUAUAUAUGUACACGUGUUUACGUACAUACAUUUAUUAAGUGUAUUACCAAAGUGAAACUACUAAUUCUAGUCAAAGCAUCUCAUUCAAUGAGCACGAUUUUCAUUAGGAGUGCGAACGCGCGCGCGAUUCCGCAUCGAUUUCGUUUUAAUUUAUUGAACGUUUAAACAUUUCGUUUCUCCCGUGAGAAAGUUUUACGAUGAGUGAGAGAGAAAGAGAGAGAGAGAGAGAGAGAAAGAGAUAGAGAUCGCACACAAAUGGACAAUAAAUAAAUGUAUUUAAAAGCGAGUGCAAUUUUGUCGGACUCCAAUAUCGAGAAUGUAUUCCUUCGCGAUUUUUCUUUUCAACUCUCUCCUUUUUGUACAGCAACUUUUACAAUUGAUCCAACGUUUCCCUUGAAAUUUUCUAAAAUUUAAUUAGAAGAAGGAACAAUUUAGAAACAAAUUAUUUAUCUUGAAAAAAUACACAUAAACUAAAAGAAAAAAUGUUUCCGCAUACGCAUUCGCUUUCUCGUUUUUUCUUUCCGUAACGAAGAAGUUCUUCAAACGUUUGAUCAAUUCUGCGAGUAUAAUCGCACGAAAAAAAAAAAAAAAAAAAAAAAAAAAAAAAAAAAAAAAAAAAAAAAUAAUUAUUACCGUAUCGGCCGUUUAACUCCUUACCGGAUUGCCGGAGCCAAAGCGACGUACAAAAAACAAAUAUCUUUUCUAUUGUAACGAGCGCAAUGAGAAAGAUAGAUGGUGAAAAUAAAACAAUGAUUGAAUAGCGUGUGUCGGAGAUUUAAUUUGUUUCUCAUGUGCGAUCCAUCAUUUUCCACGGAUUGAUGAAACCGGCGCAAUUUCAAUUUCUUACGAGCUGUGU